UUUUCACCACAAUAUUCAUUAAAUCACCUCUCUCUCCCUCCCCCUCCCUGAUCCCUGAUCUCCCCCUCUCUCUCCUUCAACCAUGCUGGCUCAAGUGAUACCAGAGCAAACCCUUCAAGUUCAAGGGAUUGAUCAUGUCAUAGGCAAGGAUAACUCCUCAUCUCUCUCAUAUAAAAGGUUGGAGGGAAAAGUUGCGAUUAUAACAGGCGGUGCAAGAGGGAUUGGAGAGGCCACAGUGAAACUCUUUGUGAGGCAUGGAGCCAAGGUAGUGAUUGCUGAUAUUGAGGAUGCUAAUGGUAUUGCUUUAGCUGAAUCUUUAUCUCCUUCAGCAGUUUAUGUACGUUGUGAUGUGUGUUUAGAAGAAGAAAUAGAAAGUCUAAUCAACCUAACAAUUUCUCAAUACGGCCGGCUGGACAUUCUUUUCAACAAUGCUGGAGUUCUUGGCAAUCAAUCAAAGCACAAAAGCAUUAUCAAUUUUGAUGCUGAUGAGUUUGAUAAUAUCAUGAGAAUCAAUGUUAGAGGAGCUGCCCUUGGCAUGAAACAUGCAGCAAGAGUCAUGGUGCCUCGACGAAGUGGCUGCGUCAUUUCCACAGCUAGUGUAGCUGGUAUAAUUGGAGGGCUUGGACCUCAUGCAUAUACAGCUUCAAAACAUGCUAUUGUAGGGUUAACAAAGAACACAGCUUGUGAAUUAAGCAGAUAUGGGAUUAGGGUUAAUUGUAUAUCUCCUUUCGGGGUGGCUACUUCCAUGCUUGUUAAUGCAUGGAGGGGUUGCGAGGAAGAUGGAGAUGAUGAUGAGAAAUGCAUGGAUUUUGGUGCUCCAAGCGAGGAAGAAAUGGAGAAGAUGGAGGAACUUGUGAGAGGGCUUGGAAAUCUAAAGGGAGCAACACUAAAAGCUAAGGAUAUUGCCGAGGCUGCUCUUUAUCUUGCUAGUGAUGAAUCCAACUGCUGAGCAGAAUGGAGGAGGGCCUUUUUCAUCAUCAAAUCCAUAAAAUAUUUUGUAUCGAAACUUGUAGUUGAAUCAAAUGGUUUCGUAACAUGGUCUCCACCACUUUGCGGGCAAUUCUUGACCUCAAGGAGGGAACAAAAUUGGAGUACUCUAUACCAGGGCCAUUGUAAAUCUCGAUCGCAGAGAGUGACGCACCGAGCAAGUCCAGUUGAGUGAGAUGCUGAGACGACAACUACAUCCUGGAAGUCUAGUCCAUGAGAUCGGUAGAUGGAAAGAAGCUGCGAGAAGUUGAAAAUUAGGAGGGGCGGAUUGCUGUUCACGUCAUUUUUGCUUGCUGUUCUUGAAUCAUUUCUUCCUAAAUAAGCUGUGUGGGUGCAUGAAGGAUCCCCCUAGCCACACACAGAACCGAGGCAGAU